AAAACCUUCCUCCAGUCUCAGGGACGAGGACGCGCAGACACUCAACCCCACACUGCAGCCCGCGACGGUCGCCGCGCGGGACCUCUGCCAGCAAGAGAGACGGGAUCCUUGCCUCACUGGCUUUACAACAGAACAGUUCAAGUGAAUAUUCAGUACGGAAGCAUAAGACGUCCUCAUGGGGGUCCUUCUGGUGUUCCUCGUCGUAGUGAGAUCCCUGGUUACUGCCUCCGCCACUACCUCUCCUCCGCCUCCCCUGGAGUCCAUAGCCCCGUGCCCUCCCAACGGCCACUCCCUCCUUUCCAUCCUCCUUCAAGGGCUGGGCUACAGCGAUGCCUGUGUGGCCACUGCCUUGGACACCUGUGCCACUUCCCAGCCGGAGAGCCAGCUGAUCACCCUCAUGAAGGAGAUAAGAGACUCGGUGCGGGAAGUGGCUCAAGCCGUCAACAAAAGGCAGAAUCAGCCGCGACACUGCAGGGACGUCCUGGAGGCCGGGGAUGGACAGAGCGGCGAGCGCGUGAUCUACCCUUACCCUGGACAGCCAGAUCGCCGCCUCAAUGUGUACUGCGACCAGACCACGGACGGCGGCGGGUGGACGGUGGUACAGAGACGCACAAAUUCUACCGUCCGAGAAGACUUCUACAGAACCUGGAGUGAAUAUCAACUGGGAUUCGGCAAUAUUAAUACAGAGUUUUGGCUGGGGCUUGACCAUCUGCACGCUCUGACCUCCACAGACCUACAGGAACUACGGAUCGAUCUUAUAGACUGGGAGGGAGGUCAUCGGUAUGCCAAGUACGGCUUCUUUAAAGUCGCGGACCCAGGAACAAAGUAUCGUCUCAAUGUUGGGAGGUACAGCGGUGACGCAGGGGACGGCCUGGGGGAAGGCGGCCACCCGGGUUCCAAAUUCUCAACCCAUGACUCUGACAAUGACUCCUACGAGACGAGCUGCGCCCAAAAGUUUCGUGGCGCCUGGUGGUACAACGCUUGCCAUUUAUCGAACCUGAACGGCUACCAGUAUGUAGGCAACCACACCUCCUACGCCGACGGCAUCGACUGGAGGCCGUGGCGGGGCUACCACUACUCGCUGCGGCACACCACCAUGAUGAUCCGGCCCGCCUAAGGAGCCGCUGCCACGACUGACAAGCCCUCGGACACUUUAUGAUGCCAAGAAACGUUUGCUGAGCCACAACCGGUGUUUUGGCUUGUCUGGUGGGCCCCUCCUGAUACCUUGACACACCUGGAAAGCUAUUUCAGUUAUCUAACCUGCCCGCUGAGCCAUUCAUCUGGCAAUCCUGAGCCUUCACAUGCACUUCUGAUAACUACACUUUUUUUCUGUUUCCGCCCGGAAUAAGUUAAAAUACAUUCAUUGGCUCACCAAAAGCUCCUUCAUCAAUGUAAAUGUAAAAAAAUCUUCAUAACACUAAUUCCUGUAGAGCAGUGUUUCCCAACCUUUUUCCAUUCGUUUCCCCCUUCAACCAGUUCAACCAUACGCAUUACCCCCUUCGUGUGGACAAGGAAAAAAAUAGCCAAAGCACGAUAUUUUCCUUCUUAAUAACACAAAUAACAUAAUAAACAAACAGAAGCCAAACACAAAAUUUACUUGCUUAAUAACACGAAUCAGUCAAUCACUAGCCCUGACGCCCCGUUUCCGCCGGGACCUCCCUCCAAGGGGUGGCCAGGACAGAAGAGUCUCCUGUUUUCCCUCUCCAAACAUACAUUUCUCGGUCCCCUCUUUGACCCUCUCUUUUACGUAUCCCUCAACUCUAUCUUUCGUAGCAUAAAUGUUGAUUUUUGCCUUUAUAUACUUGAAGAAAAGUCAAUUCCGCAUUCUACCAGAUUUUUUUUCAGUCGACUAAUUGCUAGUAAUUUAUGUUUCCCUCACGUUAAAUUUCCCCCAGGUUGGGAAAUGCUGCUCUUGAGUCUUCUGGCCUCAGUAAAAAAAAAUGUCUUCUGAACAGGACAUUUCUAAAGCAUUUAACAACUUUCAGCCUUCUUUGUGAUCCCUAGUGCAGAUUCAGCUAAGAGCUUUAUGCUUGCCCUCCAAAAUAAAUAUAGGUUAUCAUAUAUUAAUCGUUUCGUUGAAACUUUUCCUGUUAUUUCACACAUUUCGAACGCUUUUGACAGUGCCGGUUCCUUCUGAGCCCCCCCCCCCUCCCCCACCUCUUUGUUCACAUUUUUUGUCGUAUGUGUUCACCCCUCAAGUUAUACCCCUGGCCUAAGCAAUGUAAAGUAAAUAACCUGCAAUGUAUAAUCUCAUUAUCUUUAGGAGUUUGUUUGAUUUUAUUGUUUACAAAACUUUUUCACAGAGGAAUAUUAAAAACACCAUCUCGACA